AGGCGGGAUAUCGUCGUUGCACGUGGCUCCAUGUGUGGAGUCGUGGCGGUUGCCGUCGGUGGCAGUGUCGUCGAUGGAAGAGGCGUCGGGGAUGGUUAUUGACGGCGGUGUCCGGGGUGGUGUGUUGACGAAAGGUGAGAGGACAGCCAUUGCUGCGGCCGUGAAUGUCGUACUCUACCGCUGUCUUGUGGAGAGAACCGCGAGCAAGAUGAAAGUUGCUGCUGGUGUGCGACGAAAGAUGAGGGCACUGCGGAUCAGCGGUGAAGGCUUGGACUUGGCUGCAGUCUCGGACGCCGUCCUCCAGGUGUGCUACGCGUUGGGGAGCGACGCAUUUCCGAGGGCGAGUCCACGUUGGUGGAUGAAGCGGCGGACGGGAGGCACGUGGGAGGACCUGCGACAAACCGACGACGCCACCGACGAUUGCUUCAGAGACAAUCCGAAUGUCGCCACGGAGCCGUUGCAGCCUGACCACAUCGUGGCGUACACUCUCUAUAGGUGGGCAUCGGGUGAGACGUACGACAACGGAACGUGCAGCUUCGGCAUAGGGAGGGCUUCUGGCAUCACGACGGUUCAAGACGUUACCGCCGCCUUGCUUGUAGCGUACCCGGACAAGAUUUCGUGGCCCACUGGCUUGCAGAAGGCCGUCGUGUUGCGCGCCUUCGCAGACAAGGGAUUUCCAAAUUGCCACGGGUGCAUCGACUGCACCCACAUCUACGAGGACAAACCCGCCAACGCGAACGGGGAGGACUAUUGUGAUCGGAAGCGGCGAUUCUCUGUGCAGGCGCAAGUUGUCGUGGACUCGAAUUUGCGUGUACUGGACGUCUUGGUGGGUUACCCUGGCAGCGUGCAUGACAUGAGGAUGUUGCAUCUGUCCAGUUUGUGGGAUCACGCGGAGCGUGGAGAACUUUUCACUGGGCCGCAUGUCAUGCUGCCAUUCGGCGUCCGAACGAAUGGAUACUUGCUCGGCGACAAUGGCUAUCCCCAGUCGGAAUGGAUUGUCGUCCCUUAUGGAGGUCUCGCACAGCACCCCGCGGAGGCACGGUUCGACAGACGAGGUGGGCGGUUGAAAGGGCGUUUGGAAGAUUGAAGGGCAUGUGGAGGUUGUUCCUCCGCACGCACAAGUGCAACAUGGACACGUUGCCGCAACAGUU